AUGGCACUUCAUGGGAAGAACAAAUAUGGGUUUGUCGAUGGUUCAAUUCCUGAACUUGAUUUGGGUCACUCCACUCAUGCUUUGUGGCAUCACAAUGAUAGUAUCAUCUCUUCCUGGCUUCUUAAUUCGUUAUCAAAAGAGAUGCAAGUAAGUAUCUUACAUUGUUCUUCUGCCAAAGCAAUCUGGGAUGAUCUCCAAGUACGUUUCGAUCAGUGUAAUGGUCCUCUGAUUUUUCAGCUUAAGCAUGAAUUGAUCAUUCUACAACAAGGGUCCAUGUAUGUUUCUUCCUUCUACUCCAAACUUCAUUCUCUCUGGGAGUCACUGUCAGAACUGAAACCAUCACAUAGUUGCACCUGUGGCAGAAUUAAACCAUGGUGUGAUUUUGAACAGAUAGAGUAUGCUAUGCAGUUUUUGAUGGGGCUGAACGAAUCUUUCUCUACUAUCAGAGGUCAAAUUCUAUCCAUGGAUCCCUUUCCCUCAGUAACUAAGGUUUUUGCCUUAGUUGUUCAAGAAGAAAAGCAAAAAGAGGUUGGUGCUUCCACGUCUGGAACUUCUGCUAGUGAAGUUUCACAUGUUUUUGCCUUCAAGAAUUCUUCUACUGCACAAAAUAAUUCUGAAAAAUGCUCCAUAGGCUCUUCCAAGAAUCGCCCCUUGUGUGCUCAUUGUGGUAUGUUGGGUCAUACUCAGGAUCGUUGUUUCAAGUUGCAUGGCUAUCCUCCAAAUUAUAAGAAGACUGGAUAUUCCUCAGAGGUCAAGAAGCACUAUUCUUCUUCUUCUUCUGAACCACCACACAAGGUUGCUCAACAAGUGUCUGUUGAUAUGCCUCACUCACAACCUUCUUCUGGGGACUUAGGUUCCCAGUUUCAGCUUAUUGCCCAGCAAUAUAGCCAAUUGAUGAAUCUUUUAGAAAGUCAUGCUACCAAUGUUGUCAUUCCUCACGGUGUUUCUUCCGCUAGUGGUAUGAUCCUUUCUACUUCCACUUCUAAUUUUCUUCAUGAUUGUUGGCUUUUAGAUUCUGGUGCAAGCAUUCAUAUUACUUGCUCUCUUCAUCAUUUUUUAUCUUAUCAGCUUGUUUAUGAUAAAAUUGUAACUCUGCCUAACAGUGACAUUAUACCCAUUCUUGCCAUUGGUUCAGUUUGCUUAACCAAUACCUUAGUCUUGCAUAAUGUUGCCUACAUUCCUAAAUUCAAAUUCAAUUUAAUUUCAGUUAGUGUCCUUCUAACCAAUCCUAAUUUGUCCAUUUCUUUUUCCCAAAAUGAAUUUGAUAUUCAGGAGAAGCAAGCUUGCAAGAGGAUUGGUAGAGGGGAUCUUAUCCAAGGCCUUUAUGUCCUAGACCUCAAGGACACUCAUGAUUGA